AUUCUUUCAAUUGAAGGUCGCUAUGGAACUCUGCAGGCAUAUGUAACUCCAAGAGUUCAACCCAAAACCUGUCAAGUUCGGCAGUAUCAGAUUAAGCCUCUUUCACUUCAUCAGAGGACACACUGUCUUGACCGUGAUAGACCCAUGAAUACGUUGACCCUCAAAGGACAGUUUAGUUUUGCUGAAGUUCAUUCCUGGAUUGUAUUUUGUUUGCCUGAAGUUCCUGAAAAGACACCAGUGGGGGAGAGUGUCAGCUUCUACUUUCAGAACACUUUUUUGGAUACACAGCUUGAAUGUACAUACCGGAAAGGUGAGGGUUACUUCAAAUCUGACAAUAUAUCCACAAUAUCCAUUCUAAAGGAUGUACUCUCCAAAGAAGCCACUAAAAGGAAAAUUAACCUCAAUAUAUCAUGUGAUAUAAAUGAAGCAUCUGUGACUCAUACCUUAAAGCUUAUCCAUCCAAAAUUAGAGUACCAGCUGAUGUUGGCUAAAAAAGUUGAACUAAUAGAUGCUUUAAAAGAAUUGCAGGCUCAUGAAGGUAACAUGGAUUUCCUGAUUCCAGAAUACCGCAGUAUUUUGGAAGAAGCAGAUCAGCUGCUCAAAGAACACAAGAAACAGCCAACAUCUCUUGAAAGACUUUACGGUAUGAUUACUGAUUUAUUCAUAGACAAAUUUAAAUUCAAGGGUACAAAUGUGAAAACCAAAGUUCCUCUACUCCUGGAAAUUUUGGGAAGUUAUGAUCAAAAUACAUUGCUUGCAUUUUUUGAUACUGCUACCUGAACUACAGGAACUGAAAAAGCAAUGAAAUCUCUUUAAAGAGAAGAUACCAAGAUGUAGACAAAGAAAACUGGUGUUUCAUUUACAUAGUUUUAAAAAUAUAUCACAGUGCUUUUACUUCUAUUGAAUUGUAAAUAUUUGUGAGAAUCUUGUUCUUUUUAUUAGUCACUGUUUUCAAAAAUUGGUUAUGACAAUUUUCAGAAACCUUGAGGAGCCCAUUGCAUAUUUGUUAACAUUAGGAUUCCUUCUUUUGAGUGAAUGGAGUAACACAUAGAGUGGCUGUUCCACCCCCAUGUCAAAACAAAAAAUUGGAUUAACUCUGAAUUACUUUCCAUGGUUGGGAAUGAAGAGUAUAGAAAUCAGGUAGGUUAAGAAAAGAUUGGAUGUGAUGGAAGACAGGAGUCCUUUGGGGAAGGAAGCCUGGUGAUGGUUGUAAGUGCAGAGAUGAUUGAGAUGGUGAAUAGAGUUGGAAAGGAGAAUGUGAAGGUGGACAAAAAGAAGUAAGGAAGAAUAUGGAAAGGAAAUUGAGUGAAGGAGCACAUUAGACACAAGAAGAAGAAUGAUAAAGUGGUGGUAUGCAGCAUGGUUGGCGAGAUUGAGAGUAUCUGGAGAAGUAUACAGAUGAAAAAAAUUCAAAUGGACAAUUUUUGUAUGAGACUGGAGGAAGUUGAUGGAGAUGGUAGAGAAAGUAUACAUUGAACAAGUAGUAUAAGAGAAUCAGUGGAAAGCAGUGAUUUUCUGCCUCACCAUCAUUCUUGGGAAAGGAAGCCAACAUUAAUGGAGAGAGAGUUUAAUUAAUGACCAUAUUUCAGAGCUGCUGCUGCCACCACUUCCAACAAUUUGCUGUUAAAUACCAAGGCUCUUGGAAGGGAUUUUGGUGAGAGAUUAUAGAAUCUGGCAUAUGUGAUCACUGCUGAUAGACCCUUAGUUGUUCCCUCCAGGAACAUAUUCAAGAAAGGGGGUUAGUGAGGAAAAAUAGAAGACUUCUUGCUCUUCAGCCAGAAGAUGGAGAAUUGGGAGGGAAAUAGCCUAACCCCAUCCUGGAGUAAGAAUGGCCUUUGUGAAAUGAAAGACGGAAAGAUUGAGAUUCUUGGGCUGUUGGGAGGUGUGCUAGAUGAACUGUAGUUGAGUGCUAGGGAUAUUUUAUUCCAUUUUGUUGGCUAGCAGAGCUGCAUGAGCUGGAUUGCCUAUACCAAUUUAAGGCAAUGGGGAAAGUAGGCACUAUAGCUCAGGGCUUGGCAAAUGGAGAUCAGACCAUGUCAUUUAGCUGGGAGGGUGGGAAGCAUAUUUUAACAGUGACCAGAAGAGGAAGAUAUGAGGGUAGGUGCUGGGCUGGAUGUUGCAGGAAAAGCAUAAUGGGCAAUUUGGUGCCAGUCCCUUCUUCUAGCCCAGUAGUUUCUUUCCAAGAUUCCAUACCCACUGGACACUGUGGCCUCAUGCUGUUGCUAAGGUUAAUAAGAUUGUGUUCUUCCAUCAUUUGAUGCUGGGGUCAUAGGCAACUCAAGAGUUCUUCCAUUCUAAUCAUGAGUUUGUCUUAACUCAUAUCUGGCUUCAUCCAUGUAAGUGAGCACAUAAUCUAGUUUUCAUCUUGAAGCAGCUGGAGCAUGAUCUGAAGGUGGAAGAGAUAGUUAUUUGUCCUUUGUCAUUGUCAGAUGAUUUCCUGGUCAGCUUGAGGUUAGUCACUGCAGUUAGCUUCAGUAUGGGUGAGGAUGGAUUAAGAGAUCCACCCCAGAUACUUGAUGGUGAUUGGGGGGUUUCUAAUGGGCAAUUAUUCUACAACCCUGGUUAGUUUCUGUAAUAGGGAGGCUGCUAGGGCGGAAUAGGAUUAUAGCCUUGCAGCCUGUUCCUGACCAUUGGCCCUAGAGGGGCUACACUCUCCCAAAAGGAGUACAUUGCAAC